AUGGUCACUGCAGCCAUAGAGCACGUGCUGGUCAAGUUCCUUCAGCCCUACGUGGACGGAAUCGAUAGCAAUGACUUGCGCCUGUCGUUGUGGAGUGGGAACCUGGAGCUGAAAGACCUAAAGGUGAAGGAGGAUGUCCUCGGACUCCUGGGCGUGGAAGGUGUUCGGGUUCGAAAUGGACGAGUUCACAGAAUCAAGAUCACGUUGCCAAGCAAGACCAAGCUUCUUUCAGGCAAGAUCAGCGUUGAGGUUGAAGGCGUGCAGCUUCAAGCUGAACAUUUGACCGAGAGCCUCGCGGAGUCCGUCCUCAGGAAAAAUAUGCGGGACACCAAGCUGCGAGCGAUAGAGCUGCGCAUGACCCAGCUUCGUGACGUGUGGAGACGGAAGCAGCAAGCACAGGAAGCUUACGAUCAAGCAGAGCCAGGCUUUGGGAUCAGGCCGGGCAAGCACCUCGCAAGCUGUGCGCCGGGUUUGACAUGGCUUUGGGGAGAGGAGGUUUUUGGGCUUGAAGGCUGA